AAAGACUUGUUCUUUCACAAGGCUGUCUACAAUUCUGAGUUAAGACAUUUUCUUUUCUUUGCAGUUGAUCUUGCCUUGGACCCCAAAACAGCUCAUCCAAGACUGGAAGUAUCUGAAGAUGGGAAGAGUGUGUGGGACACUGGAAAUAUUUGUGAUGUUUCUAAGAGUAAACAGAGAUUUGAUUCCCAUACAUUUGUCUUGGCAAAACAAGGAUUUUCUGAAGGCAAAUAUUACUGGGAAGUGGAGGUUGGCCAGAAAAAGAUGUGGGAUCUAGGUGUUGCAUCUGAAUCUGCUCCUAGAACAGGGAAGAUCACACUGUCUCCUCAGAAUGGCUACUGGGUCAUAGGGCGUGAUAUUGGGAAAGAUUACUGGGCUCGGACAAACCCCUGGACAUCUCUGGAUAUGCCAAGAAAACCAACAAGAAUAGGGAUAUUCCUAAAUAUGAAAAGCCAUGAAAUUUCUUUUUAUGAUGCUCAGAGGAAACAUAAACUAUAUACCCUUCCCAAUGUUGCUUCUGGAAAAUUUUAUCCCUUCUUCUCAACAGGCUCUGUAAUAGGCAAAGAAUUUGAUAAGGGGACACUGAUAAUCCCACCAUGGUUUGAAGAGGAGGAGGUAGUGGGAGAAAAUGAAAUAAAUAAUUAGGAUAGAUUUUAGUUUAGACAGGAUUCUUACAGUCCUUGUUGAACAAUGAGAUGCACAGAUUGGGACUAAGGAUAGAUGUCCCUCCAGUGGCCACAACCAGGAAUACACUUUCCUUGUAGGUAUUUACAUUUCAAUUUUAACUCCAUACAUAAUGUGUUUAAAAUAUGAUAAUACACUUAGGAUGUUUGAUAGUGUACAGUUAUCCCUUUUUUAGACGUCUAUUAAUAUAUCAGGUUUAAUUUAUGCAAUGCAAAAAUAUGUUUGGUUUUUACUUCAGUUAGCAGCAAUUAUCGAUAGUCUUAGAGAAGUAAAGUUUUGAUUAUAGAAUAUUCAGUUACAACAAUAGAACCAGAUAACAAUUUUAUUAAUGCAGAUCACGCAUAACUUUUUUCACCUCCUUAAAAUUUUAAUCAUGUAAUGUUACUGUCUGUAAUAUUAAACACUGGUCCUGAAAAAAAA